AGCCCGGUUAGCUCGACGCGGGCAGUUUCCCCCCAAAUGUCGUCGGUUUAAGCUCAUUUUGAAAGAAUUUACGAAUUUAUAUCGCGUCACUAAGAAGAGACGAUGACGGAGGAGCUGCGGCCGGUUCCCCGGGAGCGCGCCAUCCUGGAGAGCUUCUUCACGCAGCUCGGUAUGUUCUCCUUCGACCGGGCCAAAGACUACGUGGAGAAGGAGAAGGACAGCAGCCGCAGCUCCGGGCCCGUCUGGGCGGCGCUGCUGGCGGCGCUGGCGCACCUGGCCGCCGCGGAGCGCGCGUACCACCACAUGACGUUCCUGGGCCAGAAGAUGGGCGGCCAGAGCUUCUUCAGCCGUAAGGACUCCAUCCGGACCAUCUACACUUCUCUGUACAACGAGCUCAGGAAGCUGAUGACGGCGGGGGGGCGUCACAGCCAGCCGGGCUCCGCCUCCUACCUGGAGGACCUGCUGUCGCACCUGUCGGAGCAGCUGUGCCACUUCACGCAGGCGCGCGUGGAGAUGGCCGACCUGUACGAGAAGAUGCACUCGCUGGGCGGCCAGAAGAGCGUCAACUCGGAGGAGCUGGUGGCCACGCUGGAGGCCGUGCUGCACAAGUACAGCUCCAAGUUCCACCACCCCAUCCUGGGCCGGGUGGAGGAGGGCUUCCAGAUGGAGCUGGACGUGGUGACCCAGCUGCUACGCUGCCAGGCCCACGUGUCCGAGUGGCGCUUCCUGCCGGCGCUGCUCGGCCUCCACGCCGCCGCCUCCAAGCUGGCGGCGUGGGGGACGCUGUUCCAGCGGCAGAAGGAGACGCGCAAGCACCUGUUCGGCGGCCAGUCCCAGAAGGCGGCGCAGCCGCCGCACCUGUACGCCUGGCUGCAGCGCUUCCAGGCGGCGCUGCUCGCCAAGUUCAGCUUCUACUUCCACGAGGCGCUCGGCCGGCAGGCGGCGGCGGCGGCGGACAUGCGGGCGCUGACGGCGCGCGCGACGCCCGACUACCACGGCAAGAUCUGCGCCUUCGUGCGCAAACACGACGCCAGCAACGUGUCGCUGGUGUUCGACAACCGCGGCUCGGAGAGCUUCCAGGGCCACGGCUACCACCACCCGCACUCGUACCGCGAGGCGCCCAAGGGCGUGGAGCAGUUCCCCGCCGUGGUGUCGCUGCCGGCGGGGGGCGAGCGGCCGCUCACGCACUGGCCCAACGUGGUCAUGAUGAUGGGCGACCGCGCCGCCGAGCUCAGCGGGCCGGACAAGGUGGUGCACUUCUACGACGACAAGGUGCAGAGCACCUACUACCUGGCGCGGCCCGAGGCGCACUUCACGCUCGUGGUCAUCUUCGACGGCAGGAAGUCGGAGAAGGACGCGCACAUCGUCGGCUUCCUGCAGGAGAUCUCCGGCUCGCUGAGGAACUCCAAGCCCUUCAGCUCCCUGAAGCCGGGCUCCAAGGGCUGAGGGGACCCGGAGGAACCGGAGAACGUUCCACGCCAAAGAGACAGGAAGUGCUUCACGCCGUUUUUCAUUUGAAAGGAUUUAAAUUAUUAAAAAAUACAUGUUUUUUAUUUUUAUUUGCUUAUAUUUACUUUACACUGUAAUUAAAGUUUUGAGUCGAUGGAA